AUGCAGAGUCCAGUUUCUGAGACCAGAGACAUCCAGAGUCCAGUUUCUGAGACCAGAGACAUCCAGAGUCCAGUUUCUGAGACCAGAGACAUCCAGAAGUCCAGAGACAUCCAGAGUCCAGUUUCUGAGACCAGAGACAUCCAGAGUCCAGUUUCUGAGACCAGAGACAUCCAGAGUCCAGUUUCUGAGACCAGAGACAUCCAGAGACAACUAGAGACAACCAGAGUCCAUUACAACCAGAGUCCAAUUUCCGAGACCACUUACAACCAUAGUCCAGUUUCCAAGACCAGAGGCAACCAGAGACCAGUUUCCGAGACCAGAGGCAACCAGAGACCAGCCUCUGAGACCAGAGACAACCAGAGUCCAGUCUCUGAGACCAGUUACAACCAGAGUCCAGUCUCCGAGACCAGUUACAACCAGAGUCCAGUUUCCGAGACCAAAGACAACCAGAGUCCAGUUUCCAAGACCAGAGACAACCAGAGUCCAGUUUCCAAGUCCAGAGACAACCAGAGUCCAAUUGAGACCAGUUACAACCAGUCCAAUUUCUGA